UAUACGAAUAGAGGAGAAACAGGAACUGCAAAUACCCGUGAAGAUCUUCAAAUAGUAUUGUCAAACUACUAAGAAAGUAUAGUUAAUUCAUGAGUAGAUAAUUGUCGCUGUCAGCAAUGUUUACGAAUUUAGAGAAAUGUCCAAGGAAUUUACUUAUCUGUGAGAAAUCCAGUUUCUUGAAUGAAAAAUCUCGUCAUGCCACACACGUGGCUAAGCACUUUUUUAACUACAAGGUGUCUGUUUUAAUACCGGAGUGUGGAAUUAUUCCAUCUGGGCUGAGAAGUGUUGUCAGCAGCUUCUCAAAAUAUUAUCUUUUGAAGAAUUUACCUGUGUAUAAACUGCUUGAGGAAGAGUUUCUGGAGAAAGUUGUAAAGAAAGGCUGUCUGUAUGCACUAUCUUACAAGACCAGAAUUGACCAAGACAACACCUUUGCCCUUCUCCCAACUGGACAGGUGAUAUUGUCUGUUGAUAAGGACACAUAUGAGGAGCUGGGUCUUGAAGGCAAGGCCUCACAAUACAACCACAGACAGCCAAUGAGAUAUGUGGUGACCAUUGACCUGACGGAUAAGUCGAUGGCCGCUGGUGGGAAGCGGUACAAACGGGUGAUGUGGGCCUUGCAAGAGAAGGUGCAAUUAACAAGUGAUUUCCUGCUGGCCAGAUAUAGCACAGGGGGUGAUGGUGAGGACUUGCUUCAGUCCUUCUUCUCUCAGUAUAGCUCUAAAGAGCUCAAACCCUCCAUCAGCUCCCAGACCUUUAAGAACCUGCUGUGCCCUUCCCUGGACCCCACUGACUUGCGCGGGGACACUCGAUCAUGUGACCCACAGCAGUUCCUGGAGUGGCUGGGAGCCGUUACCAUGGAUAUAAGUUGUAACAAUGAGGCAGCCAGCUUUGUAUCUGCAUAUUGCUGUCCAGAGCCACAGAGCUCUGUAAGUCAAGCCCUGCUGUGCACCACCACAGGCCUGCUCCUACCAGAGGACAUACACUCCCUGCUAGAGGAGCUGCGGCGGUACUUCGAUGAGCCCAGGUUCACGUCGUGGCUGUCGGUGACGGUGCAUGGUUUUGCAGACAGUCCCGUCUCCUGGGGUGGCACCGAGCAUGGCUUCCACAAGGGUGGGGAGAACUUCUACACUUUUGUACUGUUCAAGAACCAAGACUACUGGCUGCACAUGGCCACUGGGGCUAAUGAUGGUUGCCCUCCCUAAAAUGUACCAUCCAUUAUUUAUGUCAGUGUAUGCCCAUUGCAACAUGCACACUAGCGCAGUUUUUCAGGUCAAUUUCAGUGGAACUCGACAAUUUGACUUUCAGAGACUUGGUGUUGGAACACCAUUUGACAUUUUCCAGAAGUGGUAUUGGUAUUUUUGUUUUCAAUAAAACCUUUUUUUUUUACACCACCAAUAAAUUAAAUUGGUCACCACCAAUAAAUUAAAUUGGUCACCACCAAUAAAUUAAAUUGGUCAAAGUGUAAUUUGAUUUGUGACUACAUUCUGAAUGUUUUCUGGAUUGAAGAAAACUUGAUUUUUUACAUUUAUAUCUCUCACCCAGAACCUAGGGAAAUGCUUAUUUUUUUGGAACAGUUUUGUUUAUAUUUGGUUAAAUUUCCUUCACAUUCCUGUAGAUAUCAAAAAAUUAUAAGCUAUAAGAAAAAAAGGUCUCUCUGACUGCCCCAUGCUCUGAAAUCAGCCACUGAAUUUCACCGUGCCUGAAUCUUAUCAACCAAUCAGGAUAGCUCUCAACCUGUCAAUCAGGUUGUGUGUCCACGGCGCUGUCGGAGCAGGCUACACAGUUAAGAGCAGAGCUAGUUUGGCAGAGAAAAAUCUGCCAAAAUUACCCGUUCCACCUUUGACCGAAACAGAUAUACUGAUAAAAAACCAAGAAAAGAAAGACUGUUGAAGAAAUGAUUAAGACCAAAAAGGAAUUGAACUGAAGUUGACGCUGAGUGUUAGCAGUAUUUCUGAUGGACAGGUAAUUAACUUGCUUGUUCUAUUGCUGUGAGAAUUUUUUACAACCCCGCACUGUAUAGCUGAUGUGUUUAGCACACUGUUUACAUUAUAGCUAUGCUGUACGUUAGGUUACUCAUCUGUAGCUAUCGAGAUAUGUUUAUAGCUACCUAUGCUGUUUAAAUACAAAUAAUUAAAAAUCGUACACUCCAGUUCCAGAUGCAUUUAGAAAUGUUAAUUUGACCGAUGUUUCACCCGUAACUUUGUCUGGGUCUUAUUUAUCGACUGUUGUUAGCCCAUAGCUGUAAAUAAAAAAUAUAUUCUCUA